GAAUAGCCAUUACACAACCCUGACUUUGGACGAAGGCAACGCUCUCCCGAUGACAGGAAUGGGAGCGAGAACAACAAUGCUUCCCUUUUUAUUUACUCUUUUGUGCCUCGGGCCGGCCCUUGGACUCUACGAAGACCAGAUAGGGAAAUUUGAUUGGGUUCAGCAGUAUGUUGGCGUGGUAGAAAAUGCUGUCUUUGAGUCGAGCGUUCCUGCCCGAAGAAUCAUUGUCUCAACUGCAGAGAAUGUUCUUGCUGCUUUAUCAUUAAAGAAUGGUGAAAUAGCUUGGCGGCAUGUGAUGGAGAGCUUUGACUAUGGCAGAGUGGAUUUCCUGGCCAGUGAGGGAACACAGGUUACCACAGUGUCAGGAAACCUCUUACGCACCUGGGACUCUGUCACUGCAGCUCUCAUUGAAGAAAUUCAACUUGAUUAUACGGCAGCAGCUGGAUCCAUGCAGCGUGCUGUAAGUCUCACAGACAGUGAGGUUAUUCUUGCAGAGUUUGUACCUAGUUCUCUAGUGGUUACAACACUGGAUCGCUCGUCUGGAGCAACUUUGGACCACAACACAGUAGCAGCACCAUGGUUACAAGAGAAGACUAAAUGCACCUCAGUUGAAAAGACUAUCGUGUGUGUAGAGCUGUCUCUUGGCCUUGUGUUUACACUGCCAUUAAUGUUGGACUCCCCAACUUUUGCUCCACACCCUAUUGCAUCUCUGGACAUAGAUGUUCCUGCUGUUAAUGUUCCUGUGAUUGUGGAGAGGGUGAAUGGGUCUCCUGAUCAUGUGAUCAUUCAGGUUGGUGCCGCUAGGAAACUGGUGCAUGUUCAUAGCUCAGGACUCCAUGUAGUUCGAGAUCUUACUGGGAGCAGAGCUUCUGCAAUAGCUGACUCUGUUCUGUACACAAUCACUCAGACUGGAAGGUUGGUAACCAUUGAAGCUAUGGAACUUGAAACAGGCAAUGAACUGGGAGAUCAAGGGGUUGAGGUGGAGUUACCAUUCCAGUCUGGCACUGUCCUCUCUCUUGUAGUCCACCGAUUUGAGCGACGCAGUGGUGGCAUUGCCCUGCGUGCAUUUGUCUCCUGCUCGGAUCAUGCUCUCCACCUCAUCAGUAAUGCAGGAGUCAUGUGGUCUCGGGAAGAAUCCCUGUCCACAGUGCUUGCUACUGAAGCUGUAGAUCUUCCAGCUGAUGGAAACAACAUCAAUUACCAUGAUCACUUGUCUCCUCAUGCAGGUCUGAUUGGAAGCUUUGUGCACCGGAUUAAGACCCAGUUCUCACAGAUUUCCCAUUGGUUCAGCACUCUUGUUGGGAGCACAGACUCCUUUCAGGCAGUGAUGCAUACCCUCGAGCGAGACCAGUUGAAUCUGCGCAAGCUUCUGGUGGUGGUGACGAGCAGUGGCAAGAUUCUUGGAUUGGACAAUUGGAAUGGUGAUGUAGUUUGGAGCAUUUAUGCUGCACAGCUGGCUCCUCUCCAGGGAAGCAAGAUCCUCCUGUACACUCAGCGCACAUCAGCUCACUUCCCACACCAUCCUCAGUGUGUUGUGGUUGGCAGGCAUAGGGUGACAGGAGAAGGCAUGUUAAUCGUGUUCAACCCCAUAUCUGGCAUAGGCAUAGGUGACCGAGGUGGCAUCAUCCCCCUUGGCUACCAACUGACCCAGACUCUUCUCAUGCAGCAUGCUGAUGAACAGUACUUGAAACCACUACUGCUGGUGGACAAGAGCCUCACUCCUCGGAUCUUCCCAGCCACAGGAGAAUCAGUGAUCCUGGAACACAAGGACUCCAUCUUUCUGCACUUGGCUCAACCUGGCAGUAAUGUUCUCACAGGAUACUCGCUUAGGUUCUCCACUCCAGGGGACAUGAAGUUGACUGAAGUCUGGACUGUGUCACUGGGAGGUGGACCAAUUACAGGAGUUUAUGGGAAACUUGCAUCAGAAAAGGUCCACUCUCCAGGAAGGGUUCUUGCUGACCGCUCAGUUCUGUACAAAUAUGUCAACCCCAAUUUAGCUGUGGUUACAACCCAGGGCUAUGAUCAUGUUACCAAAAACACAUUAACUGUAUAUUUAGUGGACACAGUGACUGGGGCAGUCAUAGAAUCUGUGUCACACAAAAAGGUGUCAGGUCCAAUCCAUGUUGUCCACUCAGAAAACUGGGUUGUGUAUACUUACUUUAAUGACAAGUAUCGUCGCUCAGAGGUUACAUCACUUGAGCUAUAUGAGGGACUGACUCAAGCCAAUGCCACUGCAUUCUCAUCUUUUGGGGGACGUGCCACUCCUCCUAUCCUGGAGCGACAAGCUUUCAUCAUGCCUGUGGGGGUGCAAGCUACGGCGCACACCACGACAGAAAAGGGGAUCACCACCAAGUUCAUUCUGUUUGCCUUGCAGUCUGGAGCUGUUUUACAGAUGUCCAAGUGGUUCCUUGAUCCUCGACGACCUGUAACAGGGGGCCAAAGGGAGGAAGGCCUGAUACCCUACAUGCCGGAGUUGCGUCUGCCUCCUCAGGAAAUGAUAACAUACAACCACACUCUCCCCAGGAUCUCGGCCAUUUACACUGCACCCACAGGAUUGGAGUCGGCAUGUUUAGUGCUUGUUUAUGGAUUAGAUCUGUUUUACACAAGAGUUUUCCCAAGUAAGAUGUUUGAUGUUCUGAAGGAUGACUUUGACCACUACCUCAUCCUAGGGGCCCUUUUGGCUCUCACAGCAGCGGCUCUCAUCACUCGAAAGUUGGCGCAGCGUAAGGCCCUCAAGCAGGCCUGGAAGUAACAUGAAAGCCAAAGCACCUGACACUAGCAUUCAUUUUUGCACAUAGUAUGUACCCAUUAUUCAUCAAGCUAGUCUCCUCCAGUAUUGUCAUCUGACAAGUUCCAUUCUUCUUGGUGUUUAAAGGGUUAUUAUUAUUUUUUGUAUUGUUCUCUCUUUCUCUCCCAUAUCCAUGAUCAUGGUUUAUGCAAUAUUCUCAUGUCUAUAUCAUUGUGAUCAUAUGGCAAAAAGAACAUAAGGUGUUUCAGUAUGUUGUGUAUAUAAUGUCUGAUGCUUUUUAUAAGGAGAGAUGUGUAUAUUUGUUGUAGAUGACAUUUUAACAUAUUAGAUACAUAACUAAAAGAAUCUUAUGUAUAUAGUCAUUGAUAGAGUAAUCAACAAAUUUACCUAAUAUGGUAAAACAACAAGAAAAUGUUCAUGUGCAAAGUUUUGGGGACUUAUUUAUGAAGAUAAAGAGUAUAAGAAAAUCAAAAGAAGAGACUUGAAUUUAUAUGCAAGUGAUCUUUGUAUAGUGAAAAUUGGGAGGUUAAUUUUACAUAUUACAAGUAGUAUGACUCUUUGUGAAAUGUAUGUUGUUGUUGUUGAAGUUCAGUUCAAAUGCAAAGAAAAGAAGAGAGAUGAAGAAAAGGAGAGAAAUAAAGAUGAAUUACAUCAUAUUUGUACAAGGAAAUGCAGAAGGCUAAAUACUGAAAGGUAAUGAAUAGUAAUUGAAGUAUUCAUCUGCCCAGAUUUGUAUUCCACCUUCAGUUUAAGGAUUUGCAGAGAAUUCUUUAAUAUUACUGUUGUUUACAUUUUUUCAAACCUCUUGUAUUCUGCUAUAUUAGAGACAUGUAGAUGUUAAUGCCAUAUUGUUUUAAUUUUUCUGGUAAUAAAACUUUGUAGUUUGUAUAAUUUUAUAUCUAUUUAUUUAUUUAUUUUAUUUUUUUAAAUUUAUCUUAAACUGCUUCCCAUACUUCAAGGUAAUGAAUGGUUGCAGAACCACUACUAUUCCUGUAUUUUGAUUUCAUUUUGCUGUAUUUGUGAGUGGUAACCCUUAUGUAGUUUCAGAAUGUUUUCACUUCAUCCUGAAGAAAAGAUACAAGCAAAGUAAAAGGGUUCUUGAGAGAAAAUUUCUUCAAAUGCAUUGCCCUCGUUUAAAAGUGCCUGAAUGCUCUUAAGUUCCAGAAUAAGAUAAAUGUAUUUGUUUUAAGUCAUCUUGUAUAAUGUUCAUCAUUUGUAUAUACACCGAUAAUAAAGUGCUUAUCCUAAUUAUCCAGAAGUGAUGGUGAAGAUAUUUAGAUGUGUAUAGCAGUCAUGUAUGUUCCUGUAGGAUAUUUUUUAAAGGUCUGUAUAUUUGGUCUCAUGACUCAUUCAUCAGGUCUCCCACUGGUGAUGCCUGUGGUUGAGGGCAGGAAUUCCAGCUUUUGAUUUUUGAAUAUCACAUUUUCUAUUGUGGCUCCAUUCUCUGUAGUGCUGCUUAAUUUAUUUGCAAUGUUUCCCAUAUGGAGUUACCAUGAGACCUCAGGAUUAUUUUUCUAUUCAUUUUUAAAUGUUUUACAGUUUGAUUCGAAUGUUUGCCUCAUUUGGAUCAUUCUAAAAUGUGUUAUUUGCCAUUUGAUACAAGUCUGUAAACUUUGAUAUAAUUUUUGUUUUGUUGUGUUAAUUUCUUUAUUAAUAUUUAUUGUCUCUUCUUUUUCAUAUAUCAUUUGCUUUCAGUUUCAUUGUGCAGACACUUUUUGAUAAGUAGGCUAGAGAUGUACAUUAUGUUUGAAAUACAUAUAAUAGUGUAUAUGGAUCCUGAGCAUCAGGAACGUAAUGAAAGAGGGUUUAUAAAGUGGUGAUACCAGGUAUAUGCUAUUUGACUCCUGGUUGCCUAUCUUAUUCAGAAAUAUAUUUGGAUGUCAUUA